CCAAACAGCGGCAGGGAUGGCGAGCCGCGGGGCCGAGGUGGUGACGAUAGCAGCAGUUCCGCCAUUGGACGAGGAGGCCUGAGGGACGGGCCAGCGUGGUGAACAAGGAGAGACCGAGGCGGGUGGCCCCGAGAGAGCGAGGGCAAUGGAGGCCAACAUGCCGAAGCGGAAGGAGGCUGGCAAGUCCCUGCGCAUCAAAGUCAUCUCCAUGGGCAACGCCGAAGUGGGAAAAAGCUGUAUUAUAAAGCGAUAUUGUGAGAAAAGAUUUGUGUCUAAAUAUCUUGCAACAAUUGGAAUUGACUAUGGAGUCACAAAGGUACAAGUCAGAGACCGAGAAAUCAAAGUUAACAUCUUUGAUAUGGCUGGACAUCCCUUCUUCUACGAGGUUCGUAAUGAGUUUUACAAGGACACACAGGGUGUGAUACUGGUCUAUGACGUUGGGCAGAAAGACUCCUUUGACGCCCUUGAUGCAUGGCUGGCAGAAAUGAAGCAAGACCUUGGACCUCAUGGAAACAUGGAAAAUAUUGUAUUUGUAGUGUGUGCCAACAAGAUCGAUUGUACCAAGCACCGCUGUGUUGAUGAAAGUGAGGGGCGUCUUUGGGCCGAAAGCAAAGGGUUCCUGUACUUUGAAACUUCAGCACAAACUGGAGAAGGAAUUAACGAGAUGUUCCAGACCUUUUAUGUAUCCAUAGUUGAUUUAUGUGAAAAUGGCGGGAAACGUCCUAUCACGAAUAGCAGUGCUAGUUUCACCAAAGAACAAGCAGACACCAUUCGCAGAAUUCGAAAUAGUAAAGAUAGUUGGGACAUGUUGGCAGUCAAACCUGGAGCCUCAAGGGAUGAAGUCAAUAAAGCAUAUCGGAAGCUUGCUGUGCUGCUUCACCCUGACAAAUGUGUAGCGCCCGGUAGUGAAGAUGCCUUCAAAGCAGUCGUGAAUGCCCGGACAGCCCUCCUGAAAAACAUCAAGUAGAAAGUAGAAAACAAGACAAGUGCUGGCCUCAAGUACAAACAGACUUUCCCUAGAGGUAAAAUAGCCAACACGGACUUUUCCUCCACAAAAAUCUUAGUGCACUUUCAUUCAUGUGUUAUCAUUUGUAAAUCAGUAAUUCAGGUGCCUGUUACCAUUUCACAGACAUUUUACAGAGAUGAAGUGAAGAGAACCAAGCGCCACUUACACACUGUAGUUCAUUUCGUAUAUCCAAGUAAUCUGAAUUGUUUUUCUCCUUCAUUUGUAAGCUCUGUAAUUGUAGCAUCCCUUAGGCACUUCACUCAGGAAAGUCCAUGAGGAUUCUGGAGGGAGGAAAGAGGGCAAGAGGACCCUUUCACUUUUUCCUUUUUUUUAAAUUCAUCAUCAGAGAAGAAAAUAACAAAAACGGAAGCAGACAAUAUCAAAGCCCCUAAAAGUUUGGUGUGACCUCACAAGCAAGUUACUCCUUUUACAAUGAGUUCCUUAGGUGGUAUUUUAACCAUCAAUCUAUAAUUAACGAACCCUUGGCAGCCCUUUGGAAGUUUGUGAACCGAGGCCAUACAACGUUGAGCAGCCCUUUUAUGACAUUCACUCUGUUCCCCUUCUCCAACCACCAGGGGGAGAGACAAGCCAGUCCUAAAAGAGUGAAGUUCUGGGUACACUGGUGCCUACUAGUCCUGCCCUGGAUCUGAGGCCUUUCCCUAGCCGUGGAAGUGGGUGCUGGUAGCUGUAGGGAGCAUCGUUCACCUAGGAAUUGGGAAUCAGAUCCCAAGACAGAAGUGCUUGCAGGUCGCACUAGUUGUGCACGCAUCCCCAGAGGGCACGGCCAGCUUGGCUAGGGCAUGUUUGAUGCCCUAGGACAGCCCCCAUAUGAGGCUUAUGCCUUUUCUUGUUUCUGCAUCAUUUGACAGAGAAGGUGGGAAAGGCAGCGGGGCUUCUCAACAAGGCAGGCCUCCUCUUCCUCGUCCUCAUCAGUGUUAGUUUCCUAUUUUUUCCCCUCUUCUUCUCUUCUCCUCAUUUUUUUUAUAGACCACAUCUGCCAUCAUUUCUCUCUUCUUGAAUCCCUGGCUUCCAGCCACUGCCUCCUCCAUCCUCUCUUACAAGCCUUGACCUGGGCCUGGUUGACCAGAGGCAAGUAUGGAGCCUUUGGGUGGGGGUGAGGGGAGAGAUCUUAAGGCCUGAGUGGAAGGAAUCUUUGUGAUUUUUGCUUGGGCUCCAGAUUUCUGAAUAGUAAUAUUUUUAACUACAGGUUAUGAAAAUUAAUUUCCCAUAAAGAAAUACAAUCUCUUGUCAUAGUCUCCUCCUCGAUAUCCAAGGGAUGGUUGAAGGCCCCGUGUUAGGAGCCUUUCUUCCAGAGCUUACAGGACCAGUCUCACUGCAUGACUCAUUACACCAUCACUCUCAUUAUGUCACUCAUAUUUUUAGCUGUGACCACACUGCACUAAUUGGGGCUUUAAAGUAUAUAAAACGUUACUGUCUGUGAAUUUUAAACAGCUAUCCUAUAUUGAUCGCCAAAUAGCAUUUACCUUACCAUCUAAGAAGAUAAGCCACUUUUGUUUAAUUCAAGCCUCCUGCAGUGUUCUGGAUCUUUCCCCUCCCCAAGCAGCUUCACUCUGUGUGGCUGCACUUGGGGUGCAUUUGAGCUCCUUGUCAGGAAACAAGAGCAUUGUUUUCUAGUAUGAAUUUGCAUCUUGGUGAUAUUGAAAAUAUUUUUUUUUAUGAAUUGAGAUCUGAGAUAUGAUUUCUUGUGGGAUUUUCCUCUGGCUUUUUAAUUUUAACUAGCUUCUGGGACUGCAGAACUCUAGCCCAAAGCUCUUCUGGACCUAAAUUUUGCUUAAGGCCUUCAUCAUGCCUGAAGUAAUUAAACAUAGAUCUGUUCUUGCAACAGAAUUUAGGCCUCAUGUGAAUGAGGGAUCGUGCAUGGCAGUGUCAGCCCAAUUGACGAGAGAGCUCAGGGAGCAUGUGGCCCUGUUGUUAAACACUAGAUUGGUCACCUGAUCCAGCUACCUUCUGCAGAUGAGCAGUUAUAGCGAAGAGAGUUCUUUAGCGCUUCCAUUCAUAUCCUUACGUAAUAAGUGACUUCCAUUCGUAUCCUUACACAAUGAGUGAUUUGUUGAAAUUUAGUCUGAUUUUGAUUCUUAGGUUUGGGACUCAGUUCCCAGCACCUUCAUUAGUAAUGUUAAAGAUGGCCAUGUACUACUUCAUUUAUGUAAAAGAAAGAAAAGACGAAAGUUAAGCUUCAGGGUCCUAGAAUUUUUCUGAUUUCCAUAAUCCUGGAGUAGACUAUCAAGAUAUAAUGAAGCAUGAUCUGCAAUGAAAAAUUUUCUUGGUACUAACUUCAUACAAAACUUUACAGACCUCUGUGCAUUAAUUUAAAUUCUUGGUGCAAGUAUGUACUUUGUAGUUCAAUCUUAUUAAAAUUCUUCAGCCAGUUAGGAUUUCAACAUACAUCAGUGAGAGUAACAACCAGCAGAAUAAUUUCAAUAGCUAAGAAAAAUUUAUAGAGAAUCUUGUUUUUCAAAAAAGAGUAAAAAGGUUGAACAGCUAUUAUUAAAGAAAAGCCAUUUCUUCCAUGUCUGAGUCACCAAGAGUUAACAUUUUUAAACUUGUUAGAAAUCCCUCAAGGCAUUUCCAUUAAUCGUCCAACCUACCUAAGCACUUUAAAAUACACCCUCCUCUUGUUCCUGUUCCUCUUGUGCCUCCUUUUGAAUUGGUAUUCUCAGCUGUCAGUAGUUCUUUUACUUCAGCCUGGUCAUUUUAUUUCUUCACACAAAUGUGUCCCUGGUUUUGUUAGCCUGUUCACGUGAAAGUCCAGACUUGGGGGUGUUGUGCUGCUACCCAAGAUAAAUUGCUAUAAUUCUAUAGAGUGCACACUAUUCUUGCAGGCUUACAUUUACCUCAGGAAACUUACUUGAGUAUGUUCUCAUGCAUUGAAUUCUCAACUGGCAAAUAUUGCUUUAUACCCAUAAACUAGUACCUAAUUCAUUGUUAUUUAAAUGAGCCAUCGAUAAGGCAGCUAAAUUUCCUAAAAACAGCCAGAGUCAGCGAGCAGCCCUGGAGACUCUGAGUCGGUACUGAAGUAGCUGCUCCUCACAGAGCAAUGACACAGUCUAGAGGGGCAGGGACGCAUUUCAGGCUCGAGUUAGAAAGGCUGGAGCCGCAUGCACAGUGCCUCUGACAGUGACAGCGCCCUUCUUACAGGUAAUCUCAGGAGGCGCUGGAAUGUCACUCGCUUCUCCGCUCACUCCAUCUAGCUCACUCUGCGUCUGCCAACGUUUUCAUGAAAGUUUUUAAAAAGGAAUUUAGCUGCAACAUAUAGCUAAUCACCUUCCAUUGCAAGUUUUGCAAAGUGAAGAGAGGUUCAGGCUUUUCAUGAUGGAUAUUUAGCACAAUUGUAAGACAUAUUAAUUCUGUUUGUACAUUGGUUUUUUCCAUUAAACAUUUCUAGAGAAGAUAAAAGCUUAAACUUGUGGUGUAAGUUAGAUUGUGUCUAACAAGCAGUGCAAUAGUAAGCUGUGCAAUAAAGGCCUUGUUGGUGAAAUAACUUGGAAGGUUGGACAGUUUGGGUUAGCUUCCUGCAUUGAUUGCUCUCGGGGCAUUCUUCCCCUUGGCCUAUGAAUGCAGAGUUUCUAAAGAAACCCUUUGCUCUUACGAGGUAAUUUGCGUAUUUGCUUUCUGUUGAAAUAACUGAAAAUGUUAAAUCUAACAAUUGUUUAUGUCUUGUAUAGAGAGUGUCAUAUGUAUUUAAGUUGUGUAUUUUUAUAAAGUAAAGCCAAAUAUCAAA